AUGCUCUCCCUUCGCUCCAUCCUCGUGGCGGUUACAGCAAUCACAACAUCAUUUGCUGCUCCGUCCUCCCAUCCAGACAUUCUCGACUCGGCAGAAGUGGUCGCCCUUGAGACCAGAGCAACACCCACCGGCCAAGGAACCAGCAAUGGCUUCUUCUACUCCUAUUACAACAGCGGAGGCAGCGAAGUGACAUACAACAACGGAGCGGCAGGUUCAUACACCACGCAAUGGACAAACUGCAAGAAUUUCGUCGCUGGUAAAGGCUGGAAUCCUGGAAGUCCGAGAGUCAUUACAUAUUCCGGUUCUUUCAACCCCAAUGGGAACUCUUACCUGGCAGUCUAUGGUUGGACGACUGAUCCACUCGUCGAGUACUACAUCCUCGAAUCCUACGGCACAUACAACCCCAAAGCCCAACUCACCUAUCGAGGCAAAGUGACCUCUGACGGCGGCACCUACGACAUUUACACAGGAACCCGUACCAACGAGCCCUCCAUCAUUGGUACCGCGACCUUUCAGCAGUAUUGGUCGAUUCGCACGAGUAAACGUGUGGGAGGCAAAGUCACGACGGCGAAUCAUUUCAAUGCUUGGGCUGACUUGGGAUUGAAGAUGGGGACGUAUAAUUAUCAGAUUGUUGCCACGGAGGGCUAUGAGAGUAGUGGAAGUAGUAGUAUUACUGUUUCUUAG